AUGAAAACAUCUUCUGGCGUCGAGGGAAUUGCACAUAUAGAGAUUCAAAAAAGAAUCGACCUGAUCCAAAUCAUAAUCUAUAUGGGAUUUCCAAAAAUCUUAAUUGAAAGUCGACCCCGAGGAAUCGAAGAAUUACAGAUGAAUUUACAAAAAGAAUUUCAUUCUGUAAAUAGAAAACUUAACAUUCCUAUCAGACGAAUUGAAAAGCCUUAUGAAAAUCCUAAGACUCUUGUAGAAUUUAUAGCGGGCCAAUUAAAAAAUAGAGUUUCAUUUCGCAAAGCAAUGAAAAAGGCUAUAGAAUUAACUGAACAAGAAGAUACAAAAGGAAUUCAAGUGAAAAUUGCAGGACGUAUCGACGGAAAUGAAAUUGCGCAUGUUGAAUGGAUCGGAGAGGGGAGGGUUCCACUCCAAACCAUUCGAGCUAAAAUUGAUUAUUGUUCCUAUACAGUUCGAAUGAUCUAUGGGGUAUUAGGCAUCAAAAUUUGGAUAUUUAUAGAUGGGGAAUAA